AUGUCCAACGAAACAAGCCAGCCUCCGGCGCUCAACUCGUUGAGCCUCGAGGAGAAAACCCCAGAGAGCAAGGCCGUUGGCCAGAUCGUCACGCCCUUUGAUGUGUCCGGUGGAGUUGACGAGUCUGGAAAGCUGCUGCCCGUUGAUUAUGAGAAGCUCACGAGGGAGUUUGGUGCCACUCCUAUCAACGCAGCUCUGCUGGAGCGCUUUGAGAAAGUGACGGGCCACCGGCCACACCGUUUCAUGCGCCGGAGCAUUGUGUUCAGUCACCGUGAUUUGUCAAAGAUUCUGGAUAAGCAUGAGAAGGGCGAGCCAUUUUUCCUGUAUACCGGCCGUGGUCCGAGUAGUGACAGCAUGCACGUCGGGCACACUGUGCCGUUCGAGUUCACCAAAUGGCUCCAGGACGUUUUCGAUGUUCCUCUUGUGAUCAUGAUGACCGACGACGAGAAGUUCAUGCACUCCCAGAAGAUCGAGAUUGAGGACUCUAAGAGAUACACAAAGGCGAACGCCAAGGAUAUUAUCGCUGUUGGAUUCGAUAUGAAGAAGACCUUCAUUUUCAGUGACUUCGAGUUCAUUGGAGGUGCUUUCUACGAGAACAUGUGCCGCAUGGCAAAGAGAAUCACAAUCAACCAGGUCAAGGGCACAUUCGGUUUCAACGACAGCAACAACAUUGGUGAAUUCCACUUCUGUGCCACUCAGUCUGCUGCGGCCUUUUCCACCAGUUUCCCCCACAUUUUCGGUACCGAGACCAAGAAGGUUGCCUCGAUUCCCUGCCUGAUUCCCUGCGCCAUUGAUCAGGAUCCCUACUUCCGCCAAUGCCGCGAACACGCAGAGAAGAUGAAGUUCAAGAAGCCCUCUCUCAUCCACUCCAUCUUCCUUCCCGCCCUCCAGGGUCCUGGGUCUAAGAUGUCCGCCAGUAUCGACAGCUCCGCCAUUUUCAUGAGUGAUACUCCGAACAAGAUCAAGAACAAGAUCAACAAGCACGCUUUCUCUGGUGGUCAGGACACCGCUGAACUGCAGCGCGAACUGGGUGGUAACACCAAGAACGAUAUUCCGUUCCAGUACCUGACAUUCUUCCUUGAGGAUGACGAGGAAUUGGAGCGCAUUCGUACCGAUUACGAGAGCGGAAAGAUGAUGACCGGCGAGAUCAAGCAGAAGUGUAUUGCUGAGCUUCAGACUUAUGUUCAAGGAUUCCAGGAGCGCAGGGCACAGGUCACGGAUGAAAUCAUGGCUGAGUUCAUGCGUCCUCGUUCUUUGGAGUGGAAGGGAAAUCCCAACCCAGUGGUUGUUGAGAAGGCUAAGAAAUAA